AUGAUUAUGAUACCGUGGCUGACCUCGCCCGUCGCCCUGCACUCCAACCGCGAUGCCGGGACGUGUAGUUUGACCCCGGAGCAAUGCGCCUUCAAAAAUUCCUGGUGGGUGUUUUGGUACGAGGCUGAUCACCGUUAUGCCCUGCCCACGGUGGCCUUGUUCCUCGCUGCUAUCAUUCUUGUCACCCUCGGCCAACUGCUCGGUCUUCUGGUUCCUGCGCAAAGACGAACGGGCGGGUCGUUUUUCUCUCGCCUGUUCGCCCUUGUGCGCCUCUUAGCCGCCCAGCAAUGGCGCCUCGGAGGCUGGUAUACGCCCUCGCUGGGAAGCCUGCUGUUGGGUGCGGUCGGACUUAUAUUUUUCUUUGCAAUGACCCUUGGCCCUCGUCCUUACUACUGGCCCAACACCAGGGAGCUCAGUUUCGGGAAUUCGCCACCGAUUGCCACCCGAACCGGCUGGAUGGCUCUCGGCUGUAUGCCCUUCAUAUAUGUCCUAGGGUCGAAGGCAAACCCAGUGAGUGCGUUGACGAGGAUCCCGCAUGAGAAGCUGAAUCUAUGGCACGGGUGGCUUGCCUGGGCCAUGUGGGUGCUGGCCUUAAUUCAUACCUUCCCAUUCAUCAUCUACCACAUCUGGAAAGGAGAUCUCGUGUAUCAGUGGAAUGACGGAGGCGUCUGGGUAACGGGGGUAGUAGCGCUGCUUGCUCAAACGUGGCUUACCGUGCUCUCGAUUCCAUGGCUUCGAAAUCGUUAUUACGAGUUCUUCCGGUUCUCCCACUAUGUCGCCGCACUGGUCUUCAUUAUCUUUCUGUUCUUCCACUGCGACUUCCGCCUUUCCUCGUGGGACUACUUCAUCGCAACGGCCGUGCUCUACACCCUCUGCUGGGCCUAUUCGCAGCUGAAGACCCUUUUCGAGUUUGGGUGGCACCAUCGGGCCUUCAUCGAGGCGGUCUCGCGCCAGACACUGAAGAUCACGAUCCCGACCUCCCACGUGCACUGGAGCACUGGUCAGCACCUCUUCCUGCGCUUCGUCAUUCCCGAUGCCCAGGUUUUCACCGCCCAUCCCUUCACGAUCACCUCUUUGCCCAACGCGCUGGACCCCAAGCGGUCAGACCUCGUCUUCUACGCGCGUGUCUGCAAAGGGAUCACUAAGCGCCUGCUGGCCCGCGCGACCUGCUCCUCCACUCCGUUGCUCGUCCCUGUCCUCCUCGAGGGCCCGUAUGGGGGCGUCUCGCACCGCCAUCUGCGUCGCUUGUGCAGCCCCGCCUCCACCACCCUCCUCAUCGGCGGCGGCGACGGCGCCGUCUUCACCCUCCCACUCAUUGAACACUACCUCUGCCACGCCGUCAACGACCUCGAAGCCGAUACCCCCUGCGAGUUGCGCGUGGUCGUCGCCACCCGCGACCCCGAGCUCACCCGGUGGUACCGUGCUGCCGUGCGAUCCCUGGUGACGGCCGGCACCAUGCUUCCCCUCGGUGGGAGUGCAAGUGAAGGCGACGAGAAGGAGGGCAGAAUGCAGACCCCGGGCGCCACUGGCGGACUGACGAUUGUCAUCCACGAGACGCACAUCCCGCAAGACUACCACAGUAGCGAGAAGACGAUGGUCGCGGGGCCUGAAAAGCAGCCCUGCUCGCUGUGUGCGGAGGAAGAGCCGCAGGACGGGAGGCAAGCGGCCUUCGAUGAGGAGGGAGUCGAUGGUAAGGAGGCGCUCACGGCGGAAUUCCCGCUGCCGGUCCUGGUUCGCCAGGGUAGGCCGCCGCUAGUGGAUAUUAUCGGCGCGGAGGUCGAGCGUCCGCCGCUCGCAGCGCGGACCGGCCGCUGCGUUGGUGUCGUGUGCUGCGGGCCGGUUUCAAUGACCCACGAUGUGAGCCAAGCGGUUGCCAGUGGUCAAGCGCGAAUCCUGGCCGGGGAGCUGCCGGGACGCGAGAUCUGGUUGCAUCAGGAGGGCUUUAGUUAUUGA